ACCGAAAAUUUCCCAAACAUAAAGUCGUAAUAUUUUUUUCGCCUAGAGAGGAAAAACCCUACGCGAUGGCCGGCGGCGGCUGGUCCUCCCUCCCCGCCGAUCUCCUCCGGGAGGUCUCCGGCCGGCUGUACUCCGACGCCGACCACCUCCACAUCCACCAGGUCUGCACCCACUGGCGAGCCGCCACCCUCCCCGUCUCCGCCUGCCGCCCAUGGGUCGUCGCCGGCCGCGCGCUGCAGCGUGGGCUGGUAACAAUCGGCGACUACUCCCUCCGCCUCCCGGGCGGCGGCGCGGAGAGGAUGGACGCCGGCCUCCGCCGCGCCCCGCCGGGCCUCCGCCACUGCUGCGGCGCGUCGCGCGGGUGGCUCGCCCUGACCGACGACGCCCGGUCCCCCACGCGGCUCGCGCUGUGGGAGCCCCUCUCCGGCGCCGAGAUCCCGCUCCCGUGCCUGAGCCCCAUCACCAGGGUCUCCCUCUCCGGCGACCCGCUCGCCUCGCCGGGCUGGGUCGCCAUGGUCUCCCAGCUCAAAGGCCGAGAAGGGCAGAAGACCCUCGUCUGCCGCCGCGGGGACGCCGCCUGGACUAUGCUGUUCGAGCAUGGCACAUCCGAGAUCGGCAGCGUCGUGUUCCACGGAGGGAAGGUGUACUACAUUGACAUCAUGAGCAACAUUGUUGUCUGCGAUCUCGACGCCGACGGAGCUAGCGGUGCAAAGUGCACUCAAUUCUUCCAUGUUCGCACAUCGGUGUCCAUGCUCUGCAGUUGUGACAAGUUUCAUCCGGAGCGUGGGGUGCAUCUGGUAGCCUGCGAUGGCGAGGUGUUGCUCGUGGUGUUGCGCUGGGGAGGCCACCCAUCACUGGCUGAAAUCUACAAGCCUGAGUGGAAGGGGAACCACCAGUUGGGGCUUGGCGAGAGGGUGAUGGACCUUGGUGAUCACUCGCUGUUUGUGGGCCGAGGUGACACAUUUUCACUUUCUGCUAAGGAGUUUCCUGCGAUCAAGAGAAAUUGUGUCUACUAUGCAGAUAAAAAUUACAAGCAGCAGCAUUGGAUAUCUGUGUUCCAUUUGGAACAACCAGAUGUUUUGGAAGAAAUUCCAUACCCGGAAGAGCUGAAGGAAGACAUGACCAACUGGAUGCCACAUUCCUGGUUUUGUUCUAGGAGACCCUUCCUUAAGCAGCAGUGAAGCUCUCCUUUUUGAAUAAGUGUCUGGAUGUGGGGCUUUCUUUAUGGAAUUCCCACAAAAAUCGUUUAGAUUGCAGGAAUUUCCUUAUGAAAUUCCUUUAGUAAUGCUGUGUGUUGGAGAAAAUGGCUAACCAUCCAUUCCCCUUCGUGUUGCUAUCAUCAUGUUCAUAAGUUAUAUCAAUAUUUGUUUUGUUGUUUCAGUGGGAUCCUCUUUUAGGUAUUAAAUGUGUUUUCCUCUAUAUAUGUUUGAUUCUCUCUUCUGUAUGCCAGUAUGCCGUAGAGCUGUCUGUAUUUGUUGGGUUUUUAUGUACUAUUUACUAUUAUAUAUGUUGGAGAAAUGAUGUGUUAGUGGCAUCAACUGUAUAAUUGAGGGUAUCGCAAAUUUUGUAGACUCAUGUAAUUUCUGAUAAGAUUUAGAAGACUUAUCCAUCCCUUA